UCAACAAUGAACAAGAACCACCAUUAGGAUGGAGAAGAAAAGGUGCACUGCCAUGAAGUUCACACGCGAGGAGGCCUUUGGUUGUGACUUUCGAAAAUUUCGCCCCUGAUUGACGGCAUUUCGUGGUGAUUUUGCACGCUGACAGAUUUCAAACAUGCAUACCGCCGGACGUACGGUUGCAUCCGAUUGCUACAAAUUUGCAGCCUGACAACGGCGGCACCAGCAAAAAAGGGCGUCCCGAUUUUUGGUCAUAUUCUUCCGUUUCGCGGAGAGUUUUCACGAGUGCAUGUGUGUGUGAAUGUGACGUGUAGCAAAUCGGUGGCAUAUUUUCGAUAUUCCAUUUUCCUGUUUUUUUUGUUUGCUUGUCGCUCGAUCGCAGGAACUGCACACAAUCAACGGUUGAUGCUGCACAAACAAAUCAUGUGCCCCGUGUUUGCAAAUUGGAGCAGUGAGCGAUAGGAGCUUUGUAUGACACGGUUAGGAGCUUUGUAUGUUGGCGAUGGGCAUAAAAGCAUGUUCCAGGCCGUAAAGAAUUGAAAAACGGGUGAGAGAGUUUAACAGGCAUAACGACAUAGUUUGAAGAAUCCCUGUAUAUAAAUAGUUUAGUGAGCUGUGCAUGGAGUUGGUUCAAAACUUAAUCAAGUGCUUAAGUUUAAGUUUUCCUUGAACGUUGGCAUGUUGCUAGCAUGCUGUUUACUGUCCCUGCUCACCACCCCGGAGGCACAUACGAUCAUCGAGCGACCCACACGCCAAUCGCCCGACGACUACAAAUACCAGCGUAGCCUGCUAACUCUCCAAGAGGCAGACCAAGGCUUUGGCUCCUCCAUAGUGCUGACUGCAAACGAGUCCAUCGUCAACAAUCAGCUGAUGGAGCUGAAAAUAGACGAACUAUCACUAGGCUACAUCGAUCCGUACAAAUUUUCACCGGCACGCCAUUUCUUUGAAGUGCUGGACCAAAUCAACCGUUCGCCACUGUUUCAGUUUAUUCGCGCGAUGCCCAAAGGUGCCGUGCUGCAUGCGCACGAUACCGCACUGGCCAGCACGGAAGUAAUCGUGAACGCGACGUACUUUACCGACCUUUGGCAGCGGGGUAACUUCACCGAAGGGCACGAUCCCGAGUUUCGCUUUUCACGCUCCAAACCUACGACUGGCGAUGCCGGCUGGGAACCGGUGUCUACCGUACGGAACCGGAUGGGUGCCGAGCGGUACGAUGAACAGAUCCGUCGUCUGUUUUCACUGUACGAGGAGGAUCCACAGCGGGCGUACCGCAGCAUCAACGAUGUGUGGAACCGGUUCAGCAGGAUUUUUCUUGCCCUCAACCCCAUCGUCACGUACAAGCCCGUCUGGGAGCAUUACUUCCGGGAGGCGCUGCGAGAGUUCUACGAGGAUAAUGUGAUGUACUUGGAAUUUCGGGGAUUGCUGCCAACGCUUUACGACCUAGACGGUAACACCUACACGCCCGAGGAUGUGGUGGAAAUCUACCGUACAAUCACGGAGGAAUUCAAGGUCGCCCAUCCACGGUUCGCCGGCGCAAAGUUCAUCUACGCACCGAUGCGGAUCGCGGACGACCAAACGGUGGAUCAAUAUUUAAAGCUUGCCGAACGGUUGCACCGCCAGUACGGUGACUACGUUGUCGGGUUUGACCUGGUCGGCCAGGAGGACGGAAGCCGUACACUGUACGAGCUGGUCCCGAAGCUCUUGAACUUGCCUGCGUCCAUUAACUUCGUGUUUCAUGCGGGCGAAACUAACUGGCACGGUAUGCCGUCGGACGAUAACUUGUUCGAUGCCGUGCUGCUCGGCACGAAACGUAUCGGGCAUGGGUACGCGCUGCUCAAGCAUCCGGUCCUGCUGAAGAUGGUGAAGGACCAAGACAUCUGUGUCGAAAUCAACCCGGUGUCCAAUCAGGUGCUCAAGCUGGUGGCCGAUUAUCGGAACCAUCCGGCAGCCAUUCUGCUCGCGUCCAACUUCCCGCUGGUCGUGUCGUCGGACGAUCCGUCCUUCUGGCGUGCGGCCCCACUCAGCCACGACUUCUACAUGGCGUUUCUGGGCAUGACCGGGGUGUAUCAGGAUCUGCGAGUACUGAAGCAGCUGGCCCUUAACUCUUUACGCUACAGCUUAAUGAACGAGCAGGAUAAGCGAGCGGCGGAAGCAAUAUUCGACCGGUCUUGGAACGAUUUUAUCGACGCGAAAGCGGCACAGAUAUUAGCAGAGAAGCGAAAUGAAGUGUGAGUGGAUAUUUCGGAAAAUAUAGCAUGGUCCAGACGGAGACAUGAACGUGGGCA